AAGCCUCGCAUCUCUCGCGCAGCCUGUGUGUGCGUGUGCGCGCGCGCGGGAGGGGAGGAGUUCUCCCUCGGUCUCGCUCUCUCUCUCUCUCUCUGCGCACCACUCGCCCACUCCCUCACUCACUCUCUCGCAGCCUUUGUGGCCAUGCCUUGAGCUGAAGAAAGUGCGGGCCAAAGAGAGCGAGGAAGAGAGGGAGAGGCUGCCUCGAGACCCCCUUUUCUGGUUUUCCCUGGGACCCAGCAUGCCCCUUCGGUGGACAGGAGAGAAACCCAAGGAUGAAAUUGCUCUGGAGAGCUAAAUGAGCUUAAUUCAGGACGGGGGUGAAGAGGUAGAAGAAGAUGCAGUCUAUCAUGUCACCCUCAAAAGAGUACAGAUCCAACAAGCUGCUAGUAAAGGAGCAAGAUGGCUUGGGAUUGAAAGGGACCAAUUGCCCCCAGAUCAUACUGUUAGCCAACAUGAGACAUGUAAGAUAAGGUCAAUAAAGGCUGGUACUCUGGAGAAGCUUGUGGAGAACCUACUGACAGCUUUUGGGGACAACGACUUCAACUACAUCAACAUAUUUCUGUCAACAUACCGAGGCUUUGCAACAACAAAAGAAGUUCUGGAAUUGAUCCUUGACAGAUAUGGAAAUCUGGAGAUCUCAAACUGUGAAGACGAUAGAAGCCAGAACUCUACUGAGAAUAAAACAGUACUCAGGACAGCCAUAGCCUCCAUUUUGAGAGCGUGGCUAGACCAGUGCUCUGAAGACUUCCGAGAGCCACCCGAUUACCUUUGUUUGCAGAAACUCUUGGCUUAUCUGACACGGGUCAUGCCAGGGUCGGUACUUGAAGGAAGGGCCCAAAACUUGUUGGAGCAAUUUCAGAAGCAAGAAGUCAUGAAUGGCGGGAUUCAUGACACCCUUGCCAAUGAGGAAAAACUGGAGACGGAGAAUUCAGAAGAUUUCUCUUCUUUCGCUGAAGACUUUGUGGCAGAACAACUCACCUACAUGGAUGCUGAACUGUUUAAGAGACUGGUGCCAUAUCACUGUUUGGGCAGCAUCUGGUCUCAGAGGAGUAAGAAGGAAAAUAACCAUUUGGCACUCACCAUCAGAGCCACCAUUGCACAAUUCAAUGCAGUGACCCAAUGUGUCAUCCGAACCAUCUUGAAUGACAAAGAGUUGAAAACCCAGCAGCGAGCCAAGAUUAUAGAGAAGUGGAUUGAUAUUGCACAUGAAUGUAGGAUCUUGAAGAAUUUUUCCUCAUUGAGGGCCAUUGUUUCAGCACUACAAUCCAACUCCAUCUAUCGGUUAAAAAAGUGUUGGGCCAGCGUUGCAAAGGACAGCAUGUUGAUGUUUGAAGAAUUGUCAGAAAUUUUCUCAGACCGUGACAACUAUUUGAUAAGCCGGGAGCUGCUUAUGAGGGAAGGAACAUCAAAAUUUGCAAAUUUGGACAGCAGUGUAAAAGAAAAUCAGAAAAGGACUCAGCGGCGACUUCAGCUGCAAAAAGAUAUGGGCAUAAUGCAAGGCACGGUUCCUUACCUUGGUACUUUUUUGACUGAUCUGACAAUGCUCGAUGCAGCUCUACAGAACUAUGUGGAGGGGGGACUAAUAAAUUUUGAGAAGAGAAGACGGGAGUUUGAAGUAAUCGCUCAGAUUAAGCUCUUGCAAUCAUCCUGUAAUAGCUAUUGCAUGACAUCAGACAGAAGAUUCAUCCAGUGGUUCAGGAAACAGCCAGAAUUAACAGAGGAAGAGAGCUAUGCCCUUGCUUGUGAGAUUGAAGCAGCUGCUGACACAACUACCACAUCUCCAAACUCCCGGAAGAGCAUGGUGAAGCGGCUGAGCUUGUUAUUUCAGGGAUCCGAUGUAAUUUCAAAUACCACGCCCACCAAAGAACAGCCAAGCGGGAGCUCCGGGGAAAGCAUGGCGUCUGAUAGUGUAUCGCCUUGUGAGUCACCAGAUGGGCCGCAGAAGAACCUCUCAGAAUCCUCUUCCCCUUCUUCCUCCAACCACUCCAUGGACACCUCUUCAUCCGGCGUAUCUUCCUUCACUCUCUCGCCUCCUCUUCCACUGGACAGCAAUCCGGCCAUACACCCACUUUCCAUCUCCAAUACCUCUGCACUUUGGCUUCCUUAUUAUAAUCAGAAGAGUGAAGAGUCCUGCAUCAUCCGAGUUCAUUUGGAACCCAGUAAUGGCAACAUGUACAAAAGCAUUCUGGUGACCAACCAAGACAAAGCGCCAGCAGUUAUGCAGAGAGCAUUGGUAAAACAUAACUUGGACCCAGUUGCUGUAGAGGAGUAUGACCUCGUGCAAGUCAUCUCGCAGAAAAAAGAACUACUCAUUCCAUUUGAUGCCAAUGUCUUCUAUGCCAUAAACAGCCAAGCAAACUUUGAUUUUAUCAUGCGGAGGAAGUUUGACAUGUUCAAAAUGACUCUCCCCAAAAAGAGAGGCUGGUGGAGAAGGAGACGUUAAACCACCACAGAAGACCAGUUUAAAGGUUUAAAGACUUGAGGCCAUCUACAGUGUUUCCUUUACAUUUUGCAAACCUCUUUUGUUAAUACUUUGGAAUUGUUUAUAUUUAAUUAUUUCUUUUGUGAGUGCAAUGCUUUUGAUAAUACUUUGAAUUGUUUAUAAAUAAUUUUUUUUUUGGAAUGUGCACCUUUUCAGGUGUGGAGCGGUUUACAUGCAUUCAGCCAUAUUGGCAUUAUAGGGCUAAUAUUUUAUAGUCGUUCUUGAAAAUAAAUUUUUAAAACAAAUUGACUUAGCCAGCAUUUGAAAACAUCACAGGUAAUUAAAAACCUACACAACCUCCUUGUUCUUAACAUUCAUCCACUGCAUAAUUUUCCAGUACCUCAUUAAAGGUACCUGCCCCAUUUGCUGCUGGAGUGGACCUAAGGCUCCCACCCGCCUUUGUGUCAGAUGCAGUGGUCUAUACUCUUCCCCAAAUAAAUUGAAGUCGGAUUUAGAGUAAGGACCGCUCGGCGAGCGUUUAUGCUAGAUCAAAUUCCUUCCCAAUCAAAAGCACACUCACCAAGGUUGUAAGCAGCAGCAACAGAGGUUUAUUCACAAUCUGUCCAAAUAAUUUUUCAAUGGAAAAUCAGCUGCCUAGUUAAAUAUUGAGGGAUAGUAGCAGCUGAAAAAGCAAGCUGCCCAGUUGACCACUCCUCAAUGGGUCACUGAGGACGAGCGUAAACAAGAAUUUAAAAACUCGGUGAUGCCUCAAAAUUGGAAUCACAAUAUCUCUCCCCAAAAAAGCUGCAACUGUCGCUUUGAAAACAGCAGCCAUUUUUAAAACUGGAGCUCAGAGGCGAUGUCUCUACAAUGGAGAAGAACAUUGCGGUAGCAAUGAUUGCUCUCCUAAAAAGCUGCAACUGUCAUUUUGAAAACAGCAGUCAUUUUGAAAACAGGGCGGCCAAUUCCUGGGAAUGUAAUUUAUGUUUUUAACCCAAUCAAAAGCCAGGCUUUUGAUCUCUCUAUAGUUUAUAGCUUCUGCCAUCCCAGGGUAAACAGAGCUGCUGCCACAAACUGGGGGACACUUUUUAGAGUCUCAUUAGAGUCACAGUCAGGAUUGAAAUUUUGGAUCUCCCUGGCCACCCAAUCUGGGAAAUGUGCUAGCUCCACAUUAUUUCGUGAUGGCAAGAAAACCAAAACAGUCUACCCAAGGCACAAUUCCCAAAAGUGAAAUUGGCUGGCAUGUAUGAAUAGGCGGCAUAUGAAAAACCACCAGUGGGCAGAUGUGUGCCCUCAUGUAAGAGAUGACCUUCACGGAGGUACAAUUUAGAGAGAUGUCCAGGGGCAGUUUCUGACAUGGUGGAGAGCAGGUGGCCACCCUUACACAUUCUGUGGUCUACAGACUGUGGACCAACAUCAUUGCUACCAUCCUGGCCCUCUUUCUUUAGCUAUCUACCCCCAGAAUGGGACAUUCCGAUGACCGGGGGAGACACAACAGUACUUAGAGCAAGUUGCUGUCAGCAGGGAUGACGGAUCACCUGUGCAGUGAGCACGUAGCAGACUGAUAGCAUGUGUGGCGCUGUCAGAAGUAGGAAACUUCAGAAAAGCCACAGGAAGUAGAGAGUGAAGUUGGGAAUGGGGUCUGGUGAUGGUGGAGGCUUGUGUGGUUGGCCUUUGGGUGUGUUGGGGUCUUGAGAGGGUCCCAAGGGUGGCUGGUCGAAGGGUUAUUUCUGGAACAGGACCGUCAGGUCUUCUUCCAGCUCGACUAUUUCAUCCCCUCAAAUUUGGCCCCUGUGUGUCUGGUGAGGAUGACCUGAUAGGGUCCUUACCACCUUUCUCAUGGCUGCCCCCUUCCACGACUUCAGACAGACUAAGUCUCUGCAGGUAAAGGAGUUUACAGGAGAGUUCAACCUGGCGCUUCAGGGUAUGGUUCAUGCGUUCAACUUUGCCACUGGACUGAGAGUGCCAACUGGAGUGGAGCUUCCACCAGAUGUGUAGAGAUUAGAGACUCUUUUGGUGAUGCUGGCGACAAACCCUGACCCGUUGUCAAGAUGGCAGCAAAGUGGCUGAACUGUGAGAUCAGCUCUACGGUGAUGGGCAACAUGUUCUUUGCCCUGCCGGGACCCCAUCUGCCCAGACCUGGGGUCCACAGCUUCUAGGAUUGCAACAGGGAUGAGAUCCACUGCCUCCACCUGUUGAAAUAAAAGGCUUGGGCCCUCCAACUCUCCUCUGGGGGUACGGUGAGGAUGAUCUUAUCCUCUCUGAAGCAGACCUGGGUGUGGAAUUUGGAGGUGGUCUCUGCCCAGCAGGGCAAUGGGGCACUCUGGCAUGUAAAAGAACUGGUGGAUUAGUGUCUUGUCUCUGAGGGUGAAGUCCAUCGGCUGUGAAAGAAUGGUAAGCCGUCUUCCCUGAGACCCCCACCACUGGCACCUGAACCUUGGACAACACUCCUCUGAAUCCCUCAGGGACCACUGAGUGAGUGGCACCGCUGUCUAGCAAGAAGUUGGUUUUCCUGGCCAAUUUUAGUGGCACCAUGGGAUCUGAGGAGGCCAGCUCUACAAUUUCUCCCAAACCUAGUCAGUCUGAAUAUUUGUACAUGAUCCUCCCCCUAGACUGUUUGCGAUCCCAUCUUCUGGAAGGGUUCUCUCCUCGCCUCCUCUUCUCGGGCAGUCCUUUCUCCAGUGCCUAGGUUUGCGGCACAGAGCUUUCUCUUCCCAGUCCCACUGUCUUUCCCUCUUCUCCCAUUCUCUCUUUUUCCUCAUCCUCUCGCUCCUUCAGUCUAUCACUACUUUCCAGCUGUUCCUUCUCCUCUUUUUCCUUAUCCCUGAGAGCUGCAGCCAGAACUGAGGCAUGCAGCCGUGCACAGGCCUUCUCCUUCUGUUGUUUCUCCUCCUCCUUGAUGUCUGUUGUUUUAGACCUUGAAAGCAAUGUCAACUACCUGGGAGAUGGGCAUGCCCUCUGCCGCCUCAUGCUUCUGGAGCUUGGUCCCAAUAUCCACAGUGUAACUUGCUACAGGACUUAGUUUUACAUGAUAGAGUUUGUUUAGCUCUGAUGAAAGCUUACCAGUCAAUAAAAAAUGAGGAUGUAUUUUGCACUAUGUGUUCUGACCUAUGUUGUUUUAUACUAUGUUUCAAAUGUGUUCUGAUCAAUGUUGUUUUAUACUCCCCAUUGUAUUUUAGCCUAGAGGAGAUAAAGCUUUAUUCAAAACUGAGCCUUAAAAGUGUCCAGAGCUGGGAUGGAUUUUGUGACAACAAAGGUCCGCUCUCUUGGUUUUCUGGUCAAAGCAAUGCACAAAUGUUGUGUUCUGUAUGUGGGGAAAUAUGUGCACAUACUCAUACUCUGUAUAUAUCUGUAGAAUAUGUUAGAUUUUUAUAUAAUGUAGCCUGUAAAGCUAGUGUCUUUUUAAACAAAUAUAAUAAUUUAUUAAUAA